AUGCGACAGCGUGCUUCCAGCGCCUGCGACUUCUGCCACGGCCGCGGUCUGCGAUGUCGCAGCGAUCCCCAACAGUCCCCCGGUGCUCCGUGUCUCACUUGUAGAGAUUAUGGGGCAAAGUGCACCCGGACUCGGCCCGUCCGCCGUCGGGGCCGCAAGCCGGCGACUCGUGCACUCGUGUCCCCAUCCCCAGAGCCGUCCGGAACCAACUUUCAUAGCAGAUGUAUAGCGGCUACUCAGGGCGACUUCCGGUGUCUCUCUACGAUACGGCGGCUGCUCAACAUCUACGUUGACACCAUGUACCAGUGCUACUUCCCCUUUCUCCCCGAGCAAGACCUCAUCACCCGCUGGGCUGAGGGAAUUCCCGACGCCAGCACUCCAUCUUACGUUCUACUGAUGUCCCUGUGUGCUGUUAGCUCGCAGUCGGCUGCUCUGCAUGCCGUCUUUGACGAGUCCUUGCUUGAAGGCCAUCCUCUACCAGCCAGCGAGCAAUAUUUCGAGGAGGCCGUGUCCCGGAUACCAAUGCACAUGCCUCAACAGCAGCACGACCUCGACUUUCUACGAGCAUUCGGCUUGCUUGCGGCCUACUCUCUGCUGCGUGGUAACCAUAGCGAACUGCACCGCUACCUGGGCCUGUAUCACGCCCUUGUCGCCCAAUGUGGCUUCCACGACGAGAGCCGCUGGCCUGCCGACAUCACCAUGUCGGACGUGGACGAACGUCGGCGCCUCUUCUGGUGUGUCUAUCGACUCGAGAUCCACUCUGCCUGUGUCCUAGGCCACGUCGUCCGCCUUCCCGAGGCCCAGGUCUCGGUCAUGUACCCUCGCAUCACCCCGGCAAUGUCCCCAGAAACACAGGCCUGGACUGCUGGCUGGGACUACAUCACCGACCUCUUCCGGCUACUCGAGUACGCCAUCUUCAGUCUCCGUGGGUGCAAGAACCGCAGGACUGCUCUAGCCAUCUUCUGCGACAAGCCUUCCCCGACGACUCUUCUGGAUGGUCUGGCCAGGCUCAAGGCCAACAAGCCGCACAUGCUGCACGCGCUGACCGUCAAUCAGGACGAUGACAGUCAGAGCAACAGGUGCAAGUACAUGGCCGUGCAAAUCCUGUGCACUGAGACACUCGUCAAUAUCAUGGCGUUGCUGUACUGCAAGGCGCCCGCGCGAGAGGUCAUGGAUGUCGCCGAGUCGUUUCUCGAGGAGCUCACCAAUGCGUCGCUCAUCUUCUUCAAGAUUGCGGGCAGCCAGAUUGUGCAUCAGCUUCUGGGUGUCGGACGCAUGCUGCAUAAUGCUUCUCACUACGAACAUGGCCAGCACCGGGCGGAGGCCAAGCGGCUCAUUGUCUUUAUUGGUGAUUUGGUCAAGAACUUGGAAAACGACAUUCCUUCUGCCAUUGAGGCGGCCGAGCAACUUCAUGAACUGGCAACUACAGCAUACACCUGA